UUCAAUCAGUGGCUACUGGGAAAACUUCAAAAGUUUGUAAGUGUCAGGAAUUUUCAUCUCAAAAGAAAUAUUUUCUACUGAAAAGACUUAUUUAUCCAGUAAUGAUUUUAUUCGUGUUAACAUGAAUGACACAAUAUAAACAUGUUUUUUCUAUGGCUUAAAGGAGGACUCCUUCACUUUUGCAUAUCAGAGUCUGUUUACAGAUCCUAAAAAUGUUUUAGGCCUCCAGAGGGAGCUGCGCCAAAUCUGUAGCAAAAUCUGGCAGAUAGAUAGUUUAAGAUUGAAGAACUUGCCUUUAAAAGACAUUUAACAAAAACACAUAAAUUGAUCAUAUAAUAUCUCUGGUGAGGCUAACAGCUCAUAGCAACAGUAGCUGGCUGCUACUAGCCCAACACACCUGAGUAAAUGACCAAACUGUUGGCAGUCCAGUUGCAUUAUGGGUAAUGUAGGAAGAUGAAUGUGUGGAAUUAAAAAAAAAAGAAAUUAAAAAAAUUGCAUGCACUUGUAUGUUCGGAUCGUUAGCACUUCUAUCAUAGCACCUUUGCACUUAAAGAAUCUUUGACAAAUAGCAGUUAUGGUCCUCAGAUGAGAGCUUGACAAUCGUUUCUAUAUUUCUUUUACUCCAUCGACAGUGAUAUGUUGUGCUUUCUCUCGUGACAAAUGUACUUAUUGUAGGUCGCUUUGGACAAAAGCGUCUGCUAAAUGCCCUAAAUGUAAAUGUAAAUGAAUAGAGAAGACGACGUCUCUGGUUCUGCUGCACUGAUUUUAACAGUCCAUCGUGAGUCUAACAGUGUUGGAUGAGUUGACCUCUAACAUACUGAGCUUUCACAAACCUUAGUUUGAUUGAGACGAGUGUUUCUCUUCGAUACAGGAAUACAAUUGCAGUUUUUACAAUGGAGGCAAAGCCUUUUUGUUUUUCAUGUUUUUAUAUUCAUAUAAAUAAAUUCUGUGUUGCUCCAAGUAUUUUUUUAUUGUUGUGUGUUUUUCUCAGAAGGAUCCGAGAAUUAACUCUAUUGUAUUAAAUGUCUUUUACACAACAGAAGAAACAACCUUACACUUUAAAUCAUGAUGUGAAUGUACUGAGCAUAAGACACACUGUGUGCUGUAGCUACAUGAUGAAAUCCACUUCGCGGUGACGUCAUUUUGGAGCUUUACUGUGCAGCAGACGCGGUGCUGUGUGCGGUCAGCUGACGUCACCGCCACAGCCAGCGGCAGCGAAUGUGUGCUGAGAGCUGCGCAGCCGCCCUGCGCAUCCGUCGGCUGAGGUGGACAGCGCAGCCAUUUCUCUACCCCUCAUGAAAAACAGACAGAGAGGGGGGGGGGCGGCUUUUUAUCCUGCAUAACUACCCUGACACAUGGGAGUCAUGACUCCAGCAGCACGUGUUGUGGAUGAUCACCGCAUCACCGACUGAGAUCCGCGAUCUCCAAACUUUCUCCCAUUUCACCGCCUGCGCAGACAAAACAGCCUCUCUCACUCUCUGGCUUACAUGCGUGUGUGUGUGUGUGUGUGUGUGUGUGUGUGUGAGCGAGCGUGUGUUCCUGCGUGAGCCAUGGAGGGAAAUCUGCAGGGAGGCAGCCGGGACGUCGCCACGAUGCACGUGAAGACCGAGGUCGAUGAGAGCACAUCUGCGCUGGUUCUGGGCAGCCAGGAGCCGCCUGCGCCCUGCGGAGAUACCGCAUGCAGAGGAGGAGGAGGAGGAGGAGGAGGAGGGGAUCAGACUGCAGAGGAGCUGGCUGACACAGAGCUGCAAGCGGCCACAAAUACCCCCGUGCUGCUGUAUCCUGUGAGCACAGACCGCUUCUUCACCACAUCAGGGGACGGAAAGACUUACCUGAAGAUAGCCCCAGCUUCAGCGAUGCCACCUGCUCCCUCGGAGAAGACGCUUCCGUCCGUCUCCGAUUUCUCCUCCAAGGCUGUUCUGUGUCUGAUCGAGGCCGUUGGACGCCGCUGGGGCCUGUACGAGACCCGGGAACGCUCGCAGCUCUUCCAGAGCGUCCAGGAGGAGAUGGCCUCCAAGGGCCACGUGCUUCCUGUGGAGAAGAUCCGCCGCAAGUGGAACAACCUCAUUGUCACGUACAAGAGGGUUAAAGAUCGCAGCCGGGAGACGGGACACGCCAAAACAUCCUGGGAGUUCUUUGACCUGAUGGACGCCACGCUCUGUGACACUGUUGGCACUCAGAUCAUCACCAACAAGAGACACAAAGCGGGAAACACGGUCUCUAUGCUGCCCGGGCCUUUGGCAAAGCUCGCUGUGAAGCCACAGGUUCCUCAGCCCCCCAACAUCAUCCGCCCUAAUGGGGACUUCUCUUCGACUGGUGCUGUGGAGUCAGCGGUUCAGGGAGCCACCGGCAGUCCAAUCAUCAGUAGCGCUGCUGCCAUUACCUCAGUGACCUCAGCGACCGUCAGCCCAUCGAACGCUCCGGAGCUCAAGCCCCUGAUCGUCCUCAACAGUGACAUUGUUACGACCAGCAUUCACGCAGCCACCAUCGUGCCAUCACAGUCUUUCAUCUCCUCGCCUUGUUUCACAGAGACAGCCUCUUCUAUCCCUUCCCUUGGCUCGACUAGCGGCACAGACCUCACAUCACGCUACGUCGGCCGCAAAGCUCCGUCAUUCUCAUCCGCCAUCAUCCCCUUCCGCCUUAGCAGCGCGCCGCUCGGCAACAACCAGAACCUCCUUGGCCUCUCCUCCUCUUUCCCCCCGACAUCCUCCUGCCUCACCUCUCCCAGUUCCACCUCAUUAUCUGCGACAACAACCACGUCAGGAGCCGAGGGGCAGAGCCAGAAGGGAAGCGAGGAAAAAACCAGCACCCCUUCGUUCCAGGAGAUUCUGAAGCGGCAGGAGGAGCAGUCCUGCUUGGAUCGGGUGGCCCGCCGCCGGGUGGAGGCCCGAGAGAAGAGGCGAGAGAGGAGGGAGGUGCGGAUGGCGGAGUCCCUCGGCAGGAUAGCCACCGCCCUGGAGCUGCUGUCCUCCAAACAGGACACGGUCAUCGCCCUCCUGCAGAGACUGGCUGAUCGGAAGUGAGGGAGGCUGAAAACAAGGCGCUCUGAAAUAUUUUUCCCAUCCUGAGAUCAAGUUCAUUAUCAAACAAAAAAAAAAACAACGCUCCUGCCUGAGAAGAGUUUGACUCUGUGUGUUUUCUCUAUCUCUUUAGAAAUUUCUUUAGAAAGUCAUCCAAAAAAGAAAAACAAAACUGGAAAGGUUGCUUACUGGCUUCGAGAUCUUUCAUCAGAUUGCAUUAAACUGAAUUCUACAUAAAACGUGCAACAAUAAAACCCCUGACAGCGA